CGGCGCGUUCGUUUGCUCCGUCAACCAUCCUCGCUGCCCCAGCCAUGUCACAAACCAAGAAAAUCCAGGGCAAAAUAUUCAGAGGCGAGAACGGCAAGGGGCCCCAGCCUCGCUCGACGUCGGAUCCUGCCCUCACGAUCAACAUACCGAAGCCCGCGUCGUCGCAGACCGCUUCUCCAGCUCCACCCAAAAUGGCAAGGGCAGAGGCUACCUCGUCGCCGAAGCAAGAGCAACGGGACGGGGGCACUCGACCAUUCCGAGCUAGGCUGGUUGAUCGACUGGGCGAUGAAUACAAGGGUGUAGAGAGGCAUCGUCUUGAUCAGGACCGCAAGCACGAGCUGCACUGGAAGAGAUGGGGGCCGUAUCUCAGCGACAGGCAAUGGGCCACUGUCCGUGAGGACUACUCUGCCAACGGCGACGCCUGGAGCCACUUCCCCCACGAACAUGCCCGCUCGCGCGCUUACAGGUGGGGCGAGGAUGGUAUCGCAGGCAUCUCGGAUAACCAUCAACGCCUCAACUUCUCCCUGUCGCUAUGGAACGGUCAGGACCGCAUCUUGAAGGAGCGUCUCUUCGGUGUCACCGGUCAUCAGGGAAACCAUGGCGAAGACGUCAAGGAGCUUUAUUAUUACCUUGACUCAACUCCGACGCACUCGUACAUGAAGUUCUUGUACAAGUAUCCUCAAAAGGCCUUCCCUUACGAGGAGCUCGUGCAGGAGAACCAACAUCGCGAUCGCGAUGUGUCCGAGUUCGAGAUCCUGGACACGGACGCUUUCGAUGAGGACCGCUACUGGGAUGUCUUCCUAGAAUAUGCGAAAGAUGAAGAAGACCCUGAAAGCAUCUACGUCCGGAUCACCGCCUACAACCGCGGCCCCGACCCAGCUACGUUGCAUAUCAUUCCACAGUUCUGGUUCACGAACACCUGGUCAUGGCCGGCGGAGAAGCCCAAGAUGCCAACCAUGACUGCCUCGGGCAACACGGUCAUCACUGCUGUCCAUCCCACCCUCGGCAGAUAUCAUUUGUACUGCCUCCCAUCACCGCCGCCUGUCUCUGCGAACGGGUCACCGGUCGGUGAGAACGGUGCAGCAGAUGGAGAGGACAUGGAUGCCAUCGAGCCGGAGCUCCUCUUCACCGAGAACAACACCAACUUCCAUAGACUCUAUGGAGGACAGAACGAUGUUCCGUUUGUCAAGGACGCUUUCCACGACCACAUCAUUCCUUCCCACCGCCCGACUUCGCCUCCAGAUGGUCAGCCGAGUUACUUCAAGACCAAGAUUCACUCGAAUACUGUGCACCAUGAGGAUGGGACGCCGAGCUCCGAGGAGGAGCAGGGCCCGCGUACACCCUUCCCUCAGACGCCGUCGUUCGUGAACCCAGAGAAACGCGGCACCAAGUCUGCCGCACACUACGUGUUCGAGGACGUACCUGGGCACGGUGGCUGUGCCGUCGUUCGCAUGAAGCUCACGCGCCGCAAACCGGGCCAGGACCCGACUAUCGAAGACGAGGGCAUGUUCGACGACGCCAUCGAGGAACGGCGCGAGGAGGCGAACGAGUUCUACGCCGCGCUUGUCAUGGGUCCGAUGACGGAUGACUUGCAGCAGAUCAUGCGCCAAGCGCUUGGUGGCAUGUUGUGGACAAAGCAGUUCUACCAAUUCGUUCAGACAGAUUGGCUCAAGGGUGAUCCUGCGCAACCUCCGCCGCCGCCUGAUAGGAAAAACAUAAGGAACAAGGAAUGGAAGCACAUGUAUGUUGCGGACAUCCUCUCCAUGCCCGACAAAUGGGAGUAUCCUUUCUUUGCGGCAUGGGACACUGCAUUCCAUUGUAUCCCUCUCGCUGUGGUCGACCCAGAUUUUGCCAAGAAGCAGCUGGACUUGCUCACGCGCGAGUGGUACAUGAAGCCCGAUGGUCAGAUCCCCGCGUAUGAGUGGAAUUUCAGCGACGUCAACCCUCCCGUGCAUGCAUGGGCGACGUUCCGUGUCUUCAAGAUCGAGCGCAAGCUGUACGGCCGAGAAGAUCUCCCGUUCCUCGAGCGUGUGUUCCAGAAGCUGUUGUUGAACUUCACGUGGUGGGUCAACCGCAAAGACCAAGGCGGAAACAACGUGUUUGAGGGCGGUUUCCUCGGCUUGGACAACAUCGGUGUUUUCAACCGCUCGGAGCCACUACCAACGGGCGGCGUUCUUCGGCAGGCGGAUGGCACUGCCUGGAUGGCCUUCUAUUGCCUCAAUAUGCUGAAUAUCGCACUCGAAUUGGCGAAGCACAACCCUGUCUAUGAAGAUAUCGCCUCGAAGUUCUUCGAACACUUCAUCUUCAUUGCUGACGCCAUGACCUAUCGUCAGGGUGAGCAAGAGCUCAGCCUCUGGAGUGAGGACGACGGUCUGUACUACGACGCCAUUGAAUUCGAGGGCGGGCACACUAUGCAGCUUCCCGUUCGUAGUCUGGUUGGCCUCAUCCCACUGUACGCAACAUGUGUGAUCGAGCCUGCCACGCUCAACCGCGUCCCUGGUUUCAAGAAGCGUUUGGAGUGGUUCAUCGAGAACAGGCCUGAGCUCUCUGAACGUAACGUGGCGAACAUGAAGGCCGGAGGUCGUGGCGAGCGCAGGCUGCUCGCGCUUGCUAACAAGGAUCGUCUGGUCAAGAUUCUUCAAAAGAUGCUGGACGAAGACGAGUUCUUCAGUGAGCACGGCAUCCGGUCUUUGUCCAAGAAGCAUAAGGACCAACCUUGGGGUAUAGAUGUGCACGGCCAGCGGUACGAAGUCAACUACUGGCCGGGAGACUCCAAGUCUGGCAUGUUUGGUGGUAAUUCGAAUUGGAGAGGCCCGAUCUGGCUCGCCGUCAACUUCCUCCUCAUCGAGAGUCUGCAGCGGUUCUACCAGUACUACGGCGACGAGCUUCAAGUGGAGUGCCCGACGGGCAGCGGGGACUACAUGAAUUUAGUCGAAGUCGCGGAGGAGAUUCAACACCGCAUCAUCCACAUCUUCGGCCGCGACGCUGAGGGUCGGCGAGCCACGAACGGGGGUAACCCGAAGCUAGACCGUGACCCGCACUUCAGGGACUACGUCUGGUUCCACGAGUUCUUCCACGCUGACGAUGGCCGAGGCUUGGGCGCAUCACACCAGACUGGCUGGUCUGGGCUCGUAGCAUACCAUAUCCUCCAGAGCGGUGCUACCUGCAGGCUACCGAGAACCCCCAAGACUCCUCGCAGUCUUGCCCACCACUAUUUCGACGAACACAUCGAAGCGCAGUCAGAGUACGGCGACGAGACGCACUCGCUUCGCAGCGCAUACAGCGCCGCAGACCUCAACACCCUCGGAGACAUCUCCCCCGACGCUUUGUAAAAUCAUUUCGAAUCCUCACCUGGACAUUGGCGUUCUGAUAGCCCAUCACGGAUGACUGUACCACGAUUGUGUACAAUAUAUCACGGUAGAACCUCCAGCAUGUAGCCCGCCGCAUUUUAGAUCUCAUUCAAUACACGUUGUUGUCUGUUGUAGUAA